GCUCAGGCCAUGCGCACUAAGUUGGGCCUGGAACUGGAUUGGGGCUUGAGGCGGGGACGACCCUCCCGGGUUCUUAAAGGGCCAGCGCUCGGGAAGGAGGCUGCAGCAGCUACAAGAUGAGUGAAUCCCUAGUGGUUUGUGAUGUUGCUGAAGACCUUAUAGAGAAGCUGAGAAAAUUUCGUUUUCGUAAAGACACGAACAAUGCAGCCAUUAUCAUGAAGAUUGACAAAGAGAAACAGCUGGUGGUUCUGGAUGAAGAACACGAGGGCAUAUCUCCAGAUGAACUAAAAGAUGAACUUCCAGAAAGACAACCUCGAUUCAUUGUCUAUAGCUACAAGUACCAGCAUGAUGAUGGGCGAGUCUCUUAUCCGCUCUGCUUUAUCUUCUCAAGUCCGGUUGGGUGUAAGCCUGAGCAACAGAUGAUGUACGCUGGCAGCAAAAAUAAGUUAGUACAAACAGCAGAACUCACAAAGGUAUUUGAAAUUAGGAAUACAGAAGAUCUCACUGAGGAAUGGCUUCAGGAGAAGCUCGGCUACUUCCACUAAAAGAAGGAUUAAGCAUUCCAUCCAGUUCAAAGUGGAACCAGACAUGACUCCUGCUUUCUAAACCUAACAAGAAUGCACUGUACUUAUAGUUGUUUCCUGCAAUGUUUAUAUGUAUGUACAUAUAUAUGUAUAUAUUUGUCUGUGCAAAAUUUAUAUACAUGAGGGGAAGAACUGUCUCCUGCUUAACCAAACUUUGCCCAGGAUUAUUCCUUUCCUUCUAAUUGUUUAAAAGGGAACAAUUUCCUUCCUGCAGGGAUAUUUUUUUUUCUUUUUACACUUACAUGACUAAUAUUUCUAUCUGGACUUAUCAGAACUGGUAAUUGUUUACAGCUCUGGGGCAGAAUCUCCAAAGCAGGGCUGUCAAACUCCUGGCCUGCAGGCCGGAUGCGUCAUACACUGGCCAUGCUCACGCCCAGUUUAGCAAAGGAGGAAAAAGUCCUGGUAUGUCACGUGACACCACCAUGAUGACAUGAGUUUGACACACCUGCUCCAAAGGGACACAUUGUGCACUAGCCCUUGUUUGUAUCAGUGGACCUGUGUACUCAGUCAAGCAGUCUGGAAACUUACAGCAGAUUUCUCCUCCCCCCCUUGAGCUACAAGUGCAUCUUCUUUUAAUAGAAACUAGAUAAUAAUUAAUAACUGGACCUAAUAGUAUGUGAAAAUAACACUGAAUUCAGUGGAAUGAAAACGUUUGAAUUGGGCCCAAUUUAUUUUAGGAUAGAUACUUUAGUAUGGUUCCUAACUUUUCCAGAUAGGGCUUUUCUUUUCUCUUAAAAGACCCCCAAUUAUUUUGAACCUUACAUUUCCACUUUGGAUCAAAGGUUUAACACUAUUUUUGUGUAUGUAAAGGAUAGCAUUUUUACUAAUCAAAUAGAAAGUAGAUUUAAGCAACCUCCUAAGGGCUUGGUCACAUACUGUAGUGGACUUCCAUUCCAAAAGUCUUUAUAUGUAGAUCUAUUAAUAUAAAAGUCUUGACUUUUCUGGACUUUUUAUGCAAGCACUUCUCAAUCUGUGUGCCUUUAAAAAAAAAAUCUAUCAAAUGAUUGUAAGAAAGUCUUACACUGCCAUUUUUUUAACAAAAAUAUUAAAUUUGAUACAGGUUAACUUUGUCUAAGACGUUAUUAGCAGCGUCUGAUAGCUUAAUCUCUCUUUCCAUUAACUUCAGCUGUAGGUGCAUACACUCUGAUUUACACUGCUAUGAUUUAAGGCAAAAUGCUCUGCCUGGCUAAAAAAAGAAAAUUAAAAGUCAACACAUAUUCUGGAGUAUGUCCACCACAUCUCUGCAUUCUGUCUCUCAAUAGACAGGGCUGUGUGCGCGCGCCUGGAUUCUUACAAAUGCAGGGGAGGAAAGAAGUAAUCUAUAGCGUGCAGACUUUGGCUUCGUUAACUACCUUAGUUUCCUUUUUGUACUUUAAAAAUAUGUAGCCAAUGCCUUCUCCGAAGCCAGAGGAAUAUCCAUUGCAACGCAUGGGGGAGAGCAGUGUCUUGGUGUCAUGCUUAACAUCGUGCACUUCUCCUUGACUGGACCUUGAUAAUAUCAUAUACAGAUCGAAGAAUCCCAUCCUCUUUGAUCAACAACUUGAAUUACUUAGCUGCAAAACUUGAUUCUGCCUUCAAUAGAUGAUGUGGCCAAUAAAUUGGCAGUAUAGUCUUUAGAGACAGACAGGUGAGGCCUUUCCUGUCUAUUGUUGUGAGAUUCCUAAGACCAGGGGUAGCCAAAUGUGAACUGACAAAGGAGCAGAAAUAUACGUUGUUCCCCAAACUGAUAGUUAGUUGAUCAAAUUCUACAUGGCUUUGUCUCGGCGUGGUACAUUAUACGUGGAUUAUAACUGCAGCAUUCCAAAAUCUCAACAUAUCCUAGGUCAGGGGGUGCCAAACUGGUGGCCCAUGGGCCAGAUGCAUUAUAUGCAGGCUAUGCCUGUCCCAGCUCCACGAAGGGAAAAAAAAUGUGAUACAUCACGUGAUGUCAACAUAAUGCACGGAGUUUGGCACCCGUAUCCUAGGUCAUCUAGUUGGGCAAAAUGUCAGAUUCUGUAUACCGAAUCUGAUACCAGUUGGCAUUAAAGGGAUUAUAACUCUGGUAAUAUGAUUUCUUGAUACGAUUCUUGGAAGCAUUUCCCCCCCAAAUACUUUCAAGCUUCCAAGAAUUUCUCAUUACCAGAACAAAGGAAGAAGUAGUAGCUUUUACAUUUUAGUAGACCAAUUCUUGUUCACUUUAGAUAAACCAUGCGUUGAUUGGGUUAUGCUUUUUUGGCAUAUGAGUGGGUUGCCUAAUUCGGCAAGCUGCUUACUUGCAUAGAAUUGGGCUGUUCGUUUUAAAGAGGACAGUUAUUACAGAUAGGCAAAACUGCUAUGCUUAAAAUAACAUGUUGAGGUAGACCAUUAUUAAAUGACAUAAAAAAUAUGAGCGGUCUUUUUUUCUUUCUUUAAUGGGUGUCUUCUGUCUUUGUUAGUAGGAAAAUAUAAUCCAUUUUGGGCAUUUCUUUUUAUUUUAUAUAAUUUUAAACAGACACUUCCCAUUCUCUUCUUAAGGCGAGGGAGAACUGUGGACUGGGAUUGAGAGAACCAUCAAUAUAAAUAUACUUUUAAAAAAUACACAAAUAGUUUAGGAUUUUUCUAGAGACUUACCCUACAAAUAAGCCUUCAGAAAGGCACACUUUAAUAGUGUUUCUAUUACUUGAUAGGAUUUAUUAAAGACCUUUUCUGAAGCUACUCUGAGCUCCUUGGAUAUGCAUUCAUCAUAUAAACAGUUAUUUCUAUUGAAGACUUGGAACUGAGGUUCUAGUUUCUUGGGAAUUUGUGAAAGUGACUAUAAAUACCUAAAGUAAAACUUGUACUCUCUGAGAAAGUAAAAACCCAGAUUUUUAUGUCAUGAAUGCUAUAUUAGAAGAAUAUAUUUAAUGCUGAUAACCCUUCCAAUGAAUCAUGUCUGGGAUUUUGCAAUGGAUCAUUUAGGCUCUGGUCUAAUUGUUCCAUCUUGAAUGGCAUUACAAUGAACUGCAGCUGGUUAUCCCUAAACUAUUAACAGAGUACAAAUAGUACAGAGGCUGUUUUUCAUGGAUAUUGGGGGAGCAGAUUUGUUCUUUGGCUGAAGGAGGAUAUACAUAGAAAUCCUUUAGGUACCAAAUAUGUCUGAAGAUUUUUUUUGUGCUUAUUUGGCUUCUUUACCAUUCUUUUGUUAGUUUUUUUUAAACCAGUGUUUUUUCUAGGAAUAUUUUUUCUUAAGCAACUGACUGCAGUCCUUCAUCUAAGGUUAUAAUCCUUGGAUGCUCUUAAUUUGAAUGUUUUUUUCUCCCUUUUAUUAGAGUAGACUCUCAGUUAGCUCAAGAACUGUACUGAGCUUUUUGUGAAUCAUACUCGAGUUAGUGAAGUUUGGUUCAGUUUUGGAUAAGUGUCAAGAGUUUUAAGAAGUAAAUUGUAUAUCACCCAUUUUGCCAGUUAAAUUCUCCAGAAAGCAGAAAAGGGGGAAGAUUAUUCAGUCUUUAAGUGCUGCUAAAAAAAAUGGUUGGUGUGCCCACUGGUAUAUGGUGUUCCCGGACCAUAUUUGUGGCCCUCUGGUGUAGGAUAAAAUGGAGGGUGAAGAGAGUCUGGAAAAUGAAUUAUUUGUCAGAAGUAUUUAAAAAUUAGAAAUACUGUUCAGUUGUCUGAAAAGUUUGGCAAGAAAAACAAACGUAGCUGAGCACUCCUUGGAAUUAUGUUUGGUUAAAGUCAGUGAAGGAAACUGCAGGCUUGAUAUUAGGUUUAAAGAGAUUGAGACUAAGCUCCACAAUUUGGAAGCUCUUGUCUUUUCUAAGCAAUUGCUUGUCCCUACCCUGCCACAAUAUUUCAUUCUGUGGUGUCUUUGGGGCAGUAUGAUGUGAACUAUAGUUGUUCCUGAAUGGAAUUCUGUUAGCAGCCUUGAAACACAUCUUUAGCUAAUAUGAGAGGUUUUUUUUUCCUGCUCCCCUUCCUCUCUAUUUGGAUUUGAAGGAGCAACAUGUGAAGAGUUUCCAUCAAAACACGUAGCUGUAACAACUUUUUGAAUACUAACUUGAUUAAAUCAAAUCUUCAUAUGGAUGUUUUAAUAAGCUGAUAAAAAGUAAUAAUACAGUGGGAUGAUAAAUUUCUAACAAUGAUUCCAUUUCUGGUCUUUUUCUGGUAGUAUUUCUCAUUAAUCUUUUAUAGAUUAGAAUUGUCAGUAUUUCAAAAUGAGGCCAAAUACUUGGUUUUGAAUUUUUUCCCCUCAAGCCUUUUCACAUAUUACAUAUACAUAACACAUGUUUGUUGUAGCAUGUGAACAACAGUAAGAACCUAGCAAAAGGGAAGAAUCACAGAAUACAUGUGCUUUUAAUAUUCACAUUGCAAUUAUAUGAAUCAAUUGUAUGAAUGUAUUCCCCUUUUCCUGUAAAAGCUUGUUUGAACUUAAGAAAUCAUAUCGUUAUGCUUUAUUGAUAGUGCAGUAUGCACUGGAUAAAAUGUGAAACUGGCAUUUGUGAAUCUGUUAAUACUAGUCAGCAUGUGGGAUUUAAUUCAUUCUUCUCUGUUUCCAGAUGUGUUGAGUGGCACCAGAGUAGGGAAAGUUGAUCUAAGUCAGGGGUGUCAAACUUAAGAACCGUGGGCCGCAUCCAGCCCAUGUGGUGCUUAGAUGUGGCAUGUGGGGCUAUCCUUGAAACAGCAAAGGACUGACUCCAGUAGAGUGUCUACCAGUGAAACCAGAGCUCUGGAGGGCCGCAUGCGGUUCUCCCAAGCUCCAUUUUCGCUGGCAGAGGGUUGCAGGAGGCUGUCGCAUCAGACAAUGGACCUCGGAAGCCCGUUUUCACUGGCAGAGCGCUCAGGCCAUCAUAGGCGCCGACAUGAGUGAUGUCGAGCUGGCCACGCCAACCUUGGCCACGCCCACCCCAGCCCCAUGAAGUCAAACACAACCCUGAUGCGGCCCUCAGUGAAAUCAAGUUUGACACCCCUGAUUUAAGUGAAUAGACAUGGCUGGUUAUGUACACGGACGAAUGUUUUCCCCCCUCAAUGAUGGAAGGUUAUGUUCUUGUGUAAAACAUGUGAAAAGGCUUUCAUAGCAUGCAGGGUUUUGUUUUUUUUUUAAAAAAGAAUCAGUCUACUAAUAAAAAUGGUUAGAUUGCUAAAGUCCUGGUAGUUGUGCACUAUUUUAUAUGUUGAUAUCAGAUCAGUACUAUAUGAAACGUCAUUUAGGGAAGUUCAUACCUAAUUUGGGGACAGUAAUUUGAUGUGCACAUUGUAAAUGUACAAAACUGCAAAGCUAUGAGAAAGGAUCAUUGAGGAUAAAGGUGAACCAAGCCAAUUAUAGCUCACUUGCCAUCUCCUCUAGUUGUACCUGAAAAGUAUGAGCUGUAGUAUCCAUACUUCAGACUCCCUUGACACAAUCUUCCUUUUGGGCUUUUGGCAUAGAAUUCUACAAUGUUAAGUAUCUUAGCUAGUAUAUAGUUAUUGGAAAUUCAAGGACAUAUAGUCUGGAUUCAUCAGGAGGAUGCCAGCUGGGUAGGCCAUUAGUUCUAAUUCAAUAUAUUGCCAACUCUGCCCAUAAUCUAGAGUUCGAUCCUGAGGGGCUCAAGGUUGACUCAGCCUUCCAUCUUUCCGAGGUCAGUAAAAUCACCCAGAUUGUUGGGGUCAAUAUGCUGACAUUGUACACCUUCUUGAAAGUGGUGUAAAGGAUUGGGAACAGUAUGUAAGUUUAUUGCUAUUGCUAGUAUCGGAUAGAAUAACCUACCCCAGUUGGCACCCUUCUGAUAUAUCCAGACUCUAUGUCCUUGAAUUUCCAACAGGUAUAGUUCAUUUUUCUGAACUAGCUAAGACUCUUGGAAUUCUAUCCCCAGCACAUCUGGAGGGUGCCAUGUUGGAGAAUAUCGAUGUGCAUUGAUCGGUAGAAUACCAGUCUUUUCUAGACAAUCUGAAAAAGGCUGCAGAUUGAACCAAGGACCACUCUUGCUCACUCAACUCUCCUCUCCAAAUUUGCAAAUUAUUAGUGAGGAUAUUGGUCUCUUUGUAAUAAUAUAUUACCAAGUAUUGACUUAAUAUAAUUAAACAUUUCUAUUGCUGAAAAGUUGUUCUGUAUAACAGCAACAGUAUUUUAUAAAAAGGAAAAUGUACCCAGAUCUUGAAUGACAACUGGAACAUGUACUUUUAUUGUUCACUGAGCUGACUGACUGACUGGAAAAGUCCUGACAUUUCUGUGAAACUGUUCAGCUUGACAGGUGUUGUGGUGAUUGGGGUAUUUUUAAUGUUCUGCUUAGUUGAUUUUGCAUGUUUUUUAAAAUCAUUUUCUUUUUGUUUGGCAAAGCAUGGAGCUUGUAUUGGUAUCGAUGAGCAUACAAUGUUAAUAAAACCUGUCAAACUC